AUGUCCAUUCUUGCUGCAAUGGGCUAUCGGAUUCUUGUCUCGGAUCGACUAGUUCCCUGUGCAGUGACCAUUUGUGUGGUGAUUGUAGGACUAGUUCCCUGUGCAGCACAAGAGAUUGAAAGGUUUUCUGAAGAUACGAGAAACAAGGUUUGUAUGCCAAGAUUGGGGCACAAAGUUCAGAUCUUAGCCGAGUUUCAGCUAGAUUUUUGUGAAAUGGCGAAAUCACAAGGCAUCACAGUUUCUCCUCCUGCGCAGCAGCAAGGAAGCAAAAAUGUUCAGACUGGACGUCCCCAGAAUAUACUCACCUUAAGCUUGACUAAAGGAAAUACAACAUAUGAUGAAUUUAAACAUGGAUUCCCAUCUGAUGGCUUAUCCACUGCAUCCAAUAAAUGGUGGGGAAGCAAUAGCCCUGAUGGUUAUGAGAGCAUCCAUGGAGAAGGAGCUGAGACUGAUGAAGACAAGAAACAUCAGUCGGAAAAAAUUGGCAGUCUGGAAGAAGGGCAAAAAGCACUUAAGCUUGGUGUUUUACGGGGUUAUGGUGAAGCUAGGCAGAAGGGAGAGGGCAUUGCUUCUCCGAAUAUUCUCUCUUCAAUCGUAGUUUGA